GGCCUCGGUCAAUCCCAAAAUCCUCUGCUUCUUGUGUUAUUGUGUCAUCUUCUGGCUUCUAAAAAGAGAACACAACAAAAGUGACAAACAUCUGUAAAUUAUGGUUUAAUUUCAAUUUUUUAAGAAAGAUCUAAGUCCUAUAACGGUUAUGGGUGGGGAAAGAUAACAUAUACUUGACUUUUGUGUGGAAUAGGGUUCUUAGUGGUAGCAAAAUGUCAACCACGUCUGCAACGAAAGGCGAUUUCAACGUCGCAGGGAAAUAUCGUCUUGUACGCAAAAUAGGCAGUGGAUCAUUUGGAGACAUAUACCUGGCCAUAAAUAUUUCAAAUGGAGAGGUAAAUACAUAGACUAAUUAUCUUCUGGUAGACCCAUUUUCUGAUUCUUAAAUUCAAUAUUAUCUUCGGUCAAUUUAGGUCAAUUUAAGCAUUUAUCUUCUAUUUUUUUUCUUGACCAGUUGUUAAUAAAGUAUAAAGUCAACUGUUAGUGUUAGUAGUAGUAGUGUAGAGAGUAGUGUAAACUUGAGUGGUAAUAGUAUAGUAAUAAAUAGACUCUAUCUCUAUGCCUAUUUGUGAUUAAUAUGCAUUAUUAGACUAUUUAUAGGCCUUUACUCCUAGAUAUAGUAGAUUCAGUAUAUGAUAGAAUCAUUUAAACGUUAAACAUUUGCGAGCUUGGUUUACAAACUUAAUAAAUUGUCUGUCUUAAAAGUUAGCCGCUUAGAACUUAGACCUAUCUAGUAUCUAUAGUCUAUAGUUAAACUUUUGGCCUAGUUGAUCAUAUCAUAUACACUAGUUUUGGCUAAUUUGGAGAGAUAGUACCUUGAUGUCAUUUGCAUGUUUAUUAAAGUUGCGGUGAAUUAGGGUUCAGGUUAAGUUUAAGGAUACAUUUAGUCUUUACUAGCAUGGGAAUAUUUAUGAAAUCAUUACUUUCAUUUUAAUCUAUUUCAAAUAAUUCCAAUAAAGAAAUUCUGUGUCAUUUUGAAAUCUGGAGGAUAACCCUCUCUGGCAUCAGACAUUAUGGCGGUCAAAAAAUUUGAGAACAUUUCACACCCGAUUAACACACAGUAACGGCAUGAGGAAGCAAAGUCAUAUAUAUCGAAUGAUUUUCCCUUUUACCAAUAUACAUCAUAUUAACGCAUUUUAUCUUCUAUUUUUUGCAUUUUUAAUAACGAUUUUGCUAGCCGCUGAUUAUAUCGGCUGUGACACUACAGAAAGUGGUAUAACAGCUGAUGAGCGGCUGUUAGGACAGUUGUAGGGUUAAGUAUUACCCGUUUAACUCUAAAAUAUUCUUGGCUUUCUGCCAUUUUUUUCUCCCUCAUUAGAUACAUUUACAAUCUUGCUGGUUGUGCAAUGAAGAAAAUAGAAAUAACAACAUAUUUUAUAUAGUUUUUUUCAGAAUUGAUCUAUUAUUUGAUACCAAUUAUUAGAUCACACUUAGUUUUGGUUUUGAUUUAUUAUGGCCUAAAGAUUAGGUUUUUAGGUGAGCUAAAUUUUUACAAAAAUGUAAACAUACCACAAAUGAAAAGACUAAAGCUAUCAAGAUAUUUUUAAUUAUUUUGUUUUCUUUAGAUUAAAAGAAAUAUGACUAUAAGCCUAAUGCUAGAAAAUAAUUAAAAUGAAAGAAUAAGAUCUUGGCCACUAUUGUUUUCUUUUACUAACAACAUUGUUGUCGAUAUGAUUUGUAUUUAUGCCAAAGCAGAUAUCUUUUAUCAACUAAUUUUUUCACAACUCACAACAACUAACCUCAGUAGUUGCAUUCAGCAUAACCUACAAUAACAACAGAACCAUUUUUACUGUUAUUUAGAAAUUGAAUCUGCAAGAACCAAUAUUUCAUUGACAGUUAUGUUGUUCCAUACUGUUAUUGUGUUAUAUUUAUGAAAUUAUUAUGUACAAUCCUCACAAGCUUCUCUUGAUUAAUUAUUAUGGUUUUUCCAGGGACCAUAUUUGCACGCAUGUGCAUUUACUCUCAUAAGGCACAUUUGAAAUGAACUGUACCUGCUUAUCAGCAGUUUACUCAGUUUUUUCUUUUAGAAACUUACUGUAAAGGCCUGUAUAUUGGCUAAAUUAAAAGAAUUUAUGAAUUCCAAAAUCAAGUGAAUAAACUCCUAAAAUUUCCCACAUUCCUCUAUAAAAUGAUAGUAUUUAUAGCCUAAAAAGAUGCAGCUCAUUUUAAUUUAUUGAUUACAUGAUGCAUAUACGCUUCCAUAACUCAUAGUUAUGUUUUACUGCAAGUUGAAGUUUAAUAUGAAUUUUAUUAACUUAAUAUAAAUGAAGUGUAAAUAACAUGUCACAAGCCUGUCUCUAUACUAAAGGGGAUGCUUCAUCAAUAAUGUUAAAAGUGUUUAAAUAAGUUAGUAGAAGAUUGCAAUGAAGGAUUUUAAACAAAUAUGAGUUAUUGUUGGACAGGCAUAGAAUUAAUGCUUUACAAAAUUGCACUCAUGCAAUAUAUUGUUCUCUUGACACACUCUAAAUGUAACAAGGAUGCUUAACAAGUACACAAUCCUCUACCAAUUUUCUUUUUACCAUCAAUACACAACAUGUGUUGGAGUCUUAACAACUGUAUAGUCACAAUAAUAGUUUAAACAAGUCAUCACUUGCAUUUUGUGUCUUAUUUUAGUUAAUUUUUCUACACUAGUAUUCAUAUAUCUAUUAAAUAUAAUUCAUAUUAGUCAGUUUUUGUUUUUUUUACAUUUAGUUGCUUCCAAAUAGUAAAAAUUGUUGUUAUAAUUAAUGAAUAGAUCAUUCAUUAAUUCAUGGAUAAAUUUUUGCACCUAGGAAGUGGCAGUAAAAUUAGAGUCUACCAAGGCAAGGCACCCUCAACUUUUAUAUGAGAGUAAACUCUACAAAUUGUUAUCUGGAGGAGUUGGAAUUCCACACAUAAGGUUUGUGAGAUGCAAUUGCAAUUUAUCGUGUAGUACUCAUUAAAUAAUUGGCUACAUUGUUUUGAGCAUAAAGUAUUAGUGUCCUCCAAAAAAUUUUUCUUUACAAAUACCCUCAAUAUUUUGAAAAUUUAUAUCAAGUUCAUUUGGAGUUUAAAAAUUGCAAAUUUAUUAUUUUUCACAUAAGCCAGUAUAUUGUUAUAUUAAAAAAACAAAAAAAAACAACAGAAUUUAAAGAACAACCCAAACAGAAACAAAAAUUUGGAGGAAUAUCUUGUAAAGCUUUAAAUGGCUUGUAACAUUCAUAUUUUAUGCUAUUUAAUUAACUAUGACAUAAAGUCAAGUACAUACAAGUGUAACCUUUUCCAGUUUUUAUACCUUUAAGACAAAAAGUGUCAAACUGUUUUGCAAGGAUGUAAGGAUUUCCAUAAGAAGGGAAACUCAUAUUCUGAUGGAUUUUUAAGAUAUUGCAUUUGCGGGUACUUUUUUUUUGACUAAAUCUUUUUGUAAUUAAUCAUAUCCCUUAAUUAGCACAAAAAAACAAAGUUUCAGCUUAGAAAUCAUGGAGUUUGACUAAUCAACUCAUUAAAAAAUAUGUGUAAUUAAUCUUUGGUUUAAAUAAUUUUUUAUAAAAUUAAUUGAAUCUUAUCUGACAAUUCCUUAUACUUUUUAAUUAUAGGUCAAAAUCAUUUUCCAGGCUAAGAAGUGCUUUGCCUGUAUAUUAAUUAUGUUAGCAGCAGUAUAGUAUUUCAACUAGAAAACUUAAUAAGUUUAAAAAUAGAAAUGACAGAAUUUUAAAAUUUAUUUGUUACAUGGUGAUGCUAGUGAUAGUUUCCAAGCAAGCCAGGUUCUUUUGUUACAUAGUGAUACUAGUAAUGGUGUCUAAGCAAGCGGGGUCUGUGCUAAGGACAUGAGGAUUAGAUUUCCAUGAAGUCCGAAAAAAUUAAUUGUUCUUUUGCUAAGCCAUAAUCAUUGUUAAUUAUUUAAAUCCAGUUUAUAAUGAAAAUACAAAAAAAAAAUGCCAUAAAAAUUAUUUAAUUAAUUCAAAAUUAUGAUUAAAAGCAGAGCAAUGAAAUCCAAUGAUGCAAAAUCAAAAUAGCAUACAAUGCAUAAAAAGUUUGGCUCGUUGACAAAAUUGGAAUGAAAAUGUUGUAUAAACUGUGUUUCUUCAAUAAAGGAUAGUAUUGUACUGAUAAAGUUAAGCAGCCUUUUGCUCUCGCAGGUGGUUUGGUCAGGAAAAGGAUUACAAUGUUCUUGUCAUGGACUUAUUGGGACCCAGUUUGGAGGAUCUCUUCAAUUUUUGUGGUCGCAAGUUUACAAUGAAGACAGUCCUAAUGUUGGCUGAUCAGGUAAUAAUAAAAAUGUUAUGUCUUUGUCAAUAAACAAAUAAUUUCAAUUUAAAUAACUAUAAAGCUCUACAAUAAAAGCUAUAACAGACUACCUAUAAUUUAACUUAAAAGUAUUGAGAAUUAAAGUAAAGAUUUUCAAUAUAAAUGUGGUUGGGUUUUAUAUAAAUAUAUGAGGAAAUUACAAAUACCUUUUUUCUUUUGGUAUGCCUUCAUAAAUUAAAAAAAAAAAUUUGUAAGAUAUACAUGUUUAAAUAAGUUCUUUCAUCUGGAUUGUCAGUACUUAAAUGCUAAAAAAUGAUAAAAUAUUAAAAUUGUUAAAAAAAUUGACUAUAAAGUUAUAGAAAUGUUGUUUAUUUUUCAUUUAGAUGAUCAACCGUAUCGAGUAUACACACAACAAAAACUUCAUUCAUCGUGAUAUCAAGCCAGACAAUUUCCUUAUGGGUAUUGGCAGACAUUGUAAUAAGGUAGGUAUUUUAGUCUCUAUAACUAUAAAUAUAUUUAUCUCUGAAAUAACAACUUCAUAUUGUUAUUUAAUUCUUUUAUAGCAUGUAAAAGUGAAUAAAAUUGCUUUUGUUUGCAUGAAAAUAGAUUAUUAGAUACCGAUCAUUUUAAAUAUUCAAUCCUUUGAAAGAUAUCAGCUGAUCUCCCAGAGUGUAAUCCCUUCUUAUUUUAAAUAUACUUGAAUUUCAAUAGGCAAAUUAAUUUUUAAAAUUUCAAAUUUGUUUUUGCCAUAUGGUGUAGGGCAGUGAUUCCCAAACUUUUAAGUUUGGCGGACCGGGGAACAUGUUUUGAAAUUUUACCAGGGGCCUGUGCAUGAUUUAUUUUAUACUUCUAUUUCUAUUUGACAAAAAAAUAUUUAUGUUAUGGGGACCGGCAGCGUUAGGCAUGUGGACCGGUAAAGGUCCACGGACUGCCAUUUGGGGACCACUGGUGUAGGGAAUAGAGAGAGCAGUCAACUUAUUUAUAACAUUGGGAAAUGCAGGUUCUUAGAAUUAAAAAGCAACUUUAAUGGAAUUAUUUUAUUAACAUUAGUAAGAACUAUUAUUCUUCAGGUGUUUAUAAUUGAUUUCGGCCUUGCAAAAAAGUACCGUGACAACAGAACGCGCCAGCAUAUCCCUUACAGGGAGGACAAGAACCUGACAGGCACAGCGCGUUAUGCCAGCAUUAAUGCACACUUGGGGAUUGAGCAGAGUCGACGGGAUGACAUGGAGUCCUUGGGUUAUGUUCUCAUGUACUUUAAUCGAGGUUCACUACCAUGGCAGGGACUUAAGGUAAGUGCUCAUCUUUAAGGUUUAAAGAAAAAUAUUUGCAUUUUAAAUGCAUUGCUUUUAUUAUCUUUAUUUAUUUUCAAAAUAAUUUUCUUCUGUAUUUUACAGGCAGCAACGAAAAAGCAAAAGUACGAGCGAAUUAGCGAAAAAAAAAUGUCAACACCAGUGGAAGUUCUUUGCAAAGUAUUUAUAUUUUUAGUUCCUUUUGGGUUUUAAAAAGUUUAAAUUAUCAUUUUCUUAAUAAUUUAUUUUAGUUUAAAAAUUAUAAAUACAGUUUCUGGUUAUUGAGAACCUUAGCUGUCGUUUUCCUGAAAAGAGUUUAAUUUUUCAAAAUCAUUGAUUAAUAGUUAAUGACUUUUAAAAAAGAGAAUGCAGUAAAUUUGGGGCCUUGUAAACCUAUUAGACUUCAUUCACAUCUGGAAAAGUAAUGCCAUCUACACUCUUAACACCUUACAUUUGCUGUAGACUAACAACCAACAGAUGCUAACAACAUUUGUUGCUAAAAAAAUCUUUAAUCAUUAUUUAAACACUUUCUUUGUCCAGGGAUUUCCUGCAGAGUUUGCCAUGUACCUCAAUUAUUGUAGAGGCUUACGAUUUGAAGAAGCGCCGGAUUACAUGUAUCUAAGGCAACUGUUUAGGAUCCUGUUCCGCACCCUAAAUCACCAAUAUGAUUAUGUGUUUGAUUGGACAAUGCUUAAACAGAAAGCUGCGUCAUCCUCAGCCUCUGGUAUCGCUAUGUCCUCUUUGGCAGCCAAUGGUAAGCAGUGAGGAAAAGCAUAUGUAGAAAUAUUUUCACAUUAAAAUGUUGCCUAUAUGUUUCAAUGAAUUUAUUAGUGGUCAACUAAAGUAAAAAUUUAACUCAUUUCAAUGAUGAAAGAAAAAAUUACAUUUUCAAAACAUAUUCCUGGGAUUUUUUAAAUUGAUGGGACUGAAUUGUUAAGAUUGAUUUGAGUACUGGGUGUCAUGGGCUCCAAAAUAAUAAGCUUGGUUUUGAUUGACAGUACUUACUAUUUUAUAAAUAUUGUUUACCAAUACACAUCACUUUACUUAGGGACCAUCUUCUGGGUACUGUCGAUAGGGUCAAUAAGUAUCUGUCAAGGGGCUCAUGAUAGUCUGUGUUGAAAAUCAACUAAAUUCUUAGGUUGUAAGUGAUAAAAGUAGAAAUGGCACAUGAACUGUUAAAAUAUUUCUACAUAUUAUAUCUGUUAACAUAAACAAUAUUCAUGUUUUAGAAUGGUGGUAGAUGUAUGAGUAUCCAACUGGUCAGAUUUGAUUUUACUCUCAUGUUGUAAGAUUUCUACAACUGCACUGUUUUAUUGAUCUUUGUUUUCUCUCCAAACCAGUACCCAAGCAGGUAUGAGCUAAUUGUCAUGUUAUCAGUUUUGUUUCCUUGUAGUGAUUCAAUCCAUUUAAUGUUAUAUUUCAGCUGUUUUGGAGACCCCCCCCCACAAAUGUUACAUUAAACUGUCUUUCCAACAAGUUCUGUAAUGAACUUGAAUAACAUCCAUUUACUCCUCUCAUCUUGAUCCUAUCCAGAGAUUAUUAGAAUAGGACAUGUUUAAUUCAGGUGCAUCUACAGGCAUAAUAAACUGCACUAGCAAGUAAAUGAUUGUAUUACUGUGCUUCAAAGAUUUACCUUUCUUAGCAAUUUUCAAGGUAGUAGUGGUGACUUGUAGUGGUGGGCUGUUAAAUAACAAUUAUCCUUAAUGAAAUUAAACCUUUUCAUAAUUAACAAUCAAUUAUAUAUAAUUAUUAAUCAACGUAUUUAAAAAAGAAACUUGAAUUAUUUGUAUUCCCUAUCCUUGUUAUGCAAUAUUUUCUUUUGUGAACUAGAAGUGCAUGAUACAUUACUCAAGUCAAUUUGAAAAGUUCAUCUCCACUAAACUCAACAUUAUUUGCGGUGUGACAUUUCCUCUUUUUGCUAUUCCUAUGGGUAUUCAACCUCAGUUGUGUACAAUCCACAAUAUGUGUAAUAAUGGAUGUGGAAUUAUUCAAUUAUUUAUAUCUUCUGUAACCAAUUUAGUGUGAGAAAUACGCAAGCUCUGUAAGAUCUUUUCACCUUAAUGCAGUUGAGUUUUUUUGAAAACAAAGGAAAUUCAAAAUCCCAAAAUUGAUUAUAACUAAUGUAUUGCACCAAUAAUUCAAAGCACUGUCUUAUGUUGUUGGUACCUCUUUGUUCAGCCUAUUGAUUAAUUUACUUUUUUUUUUUGAAUAUUAGGAAAUAGGCAAAAAAUUCAAACUUGAACAUUUCUAAUAUAUUUUAUUUGGCCAAUUUAAAAAAAAAAGAAUUUGAAAUGUAACGCAAUAUGAGACAAAUUCACUUGUAAAUGAUGUCAAUGUUGGGUGCAGAUUUCUGUUGAACGCUCAAGCUUAGUAAUGCAAUAGUCAGUACAAUUUUAACUUUGAAUUACUUUUACUUUUUUUUUUUUUUUUAUUACCAUUACAGCUUUUCUCCUGGUAAUAUUUCGGUGACCUUUUAUUUGUGUUACUGUUGAACGCUCAAGCUUAGUAAUGCAAUAGUCAGUACAAUUUUAACUUUGAAUUACUUUUACUUUUUUUUUUUUUUUAUUACCAUGACAGCUUUUCUCCUGGUAAUAUUGCGGUGACCAGUUAAUUGUGUUAACCUCCAAUUUAAAAUAAGGAUUGUGUAACAGUAGUUAGUCAUUCAUAUUCUAGUUAUUUUUUUAAUUAAUAAUUAAUUUAUUCACACAGAAUCUGCCUCAAUAUUUAUUUUUACAUGUAGGAUUCUUCUUUUAAUUUUUCCUUUGAAACUAGGAUUUGAUUCUACAUUUCAGGAAUGAGAUAAACUAAGACAUACCAGUCUUAAGGAAUUUCAGGAGAUGUUUUGAUGGUCUUGACGCCAAAGAGCAAGUUCUGUCGACCACUGUCCACAAACGUUACCAAAAAAGUGGAUUUUUUUAAAAACUUACCAAACUCCAGUCAUCUUCAGAUGAUGCAGGAUUAUAGUUUUUUUUAUUUUUAUCAGUUUCUUCAUUACUGUUAAUAAUUUUUUUUUGUAAAUUUGAUUAUAUAUCUUUAUUUGUGGUUAUGCUCUUUUAACAACAAACUUGUGCAGGCUUUUAUAAAGUAAAAAUAUGUCUAUAAGGAAAUUAAGUAAAAUAACUGAUUGUUUGAGCAGAGGCCAUGAUAAAGAACUUGUACAUUCUCCAACCACUCCCCGACUUUUGCUUCUCUUAAAUUGUGGGAGUAUUGAAAUAACUUUGUAUUCCAGGUAGAGCCAUCUUCACCAAGGACACUGCCUAAAUAUCCAUGGAAUCCUCCACUAUCAUCAAUAAGUGUGAUUUAUAAUUUAUCUUAAGACAAGAAAUAAUUCCAUUAACAUUUUUCAAGAGGUUUAUUUUUUUUCUAUUUUCUAAAUAUUAUUCAUCAGGACAGUUGGGUCAGAAAAAAAGUAUUUUAAAUUUUGGUUGUGAUUAGCUUGUUAAUUGGUUUCAGUAGAACUGCCAUGACUGCUUUACUCUCACUGGUUUGCUGAACUCUUUUUCUAGAUUAAAGUUAAUCUCAGGCCCUGACUCAUUUUUAUGUCCAGCUUAUGUGGAGAAUCGAUUUUCAGCUAUUUGGUGAGAGGUUUCAAAUAUGAAUUGCACCAUUUUAGUUUAUAAGUAUAUUUUUCUUUUACUCUUUAAAAAAAAAAAGUUCCAGGAGCUUUUAAAAUUUGAUUAAAUUCUGAUUAAUACACCUGAUCCAAUAAGUACUGAUAAUAUUUUCAACUAUCUUGGGGAAUAAUGUUUUUAGGAUUGUAAACAUGUAUGAUAUAUGUGGUAGUUGAAUGGAUGAAAGGGAUUCAUUUGUUUGAAAAGAAUUUCUUUGAAGUCAUCAUUUUCUGCUCUUUACAAGAACAGACAUUUUUUUUUUUUUACAGAAGCUUUUUUUUUCUUCUUAAAAUUGUAUACUGAGAUAAUACCUGAGGCAUUAGGGGUUGGCUUGUAGAAAUUAUUUCGGAUCAAAUCCUGCUUCAACCUUAUACUAUAGGAAUGGACAAAACACUAAAUAAAUUUAUCAAGAAAUAAUUGGAAAACAUACUAAAUAAUUGUGGAAAAGCUAUUAUUUUCUUUUAUUGCUAAGAUAUUUUUGAUUAAAGACAUUACUUUGAACAAUUGUCUGUUGCUUAAAAAAAAAGAAAGCAUGAAUGUCCAAACUGAAACUCAUAAUUUUUUUUUCAUUUAAGAAGAGGAAUUCUGACCUCACCAUUUUGUUGGUGCAAUAAUACAUAACAGUGCCAUUUACACCAACAUUUUAAUGAAGCCUGACAAUCAGUCACAAAAUUACCAUCUGGCAGAGUUGAGGUUAUUUACAAAUGAAUGUCAUGAUAUCCCAUUGUACAUUUUUUUGAUUAACUGUCUCUUUUUGAUGGAGAGUUUGGUUUGAUCAUUUCAUUUCCUUGCUUGUCAGUGUUUGUCUUGGUGAUAUGUAAUAAGACAUUUCCGUUUAGGAAUAACCAGCUUGUACAUUUCAUAUUUUGUGUUGUCUAUAGCAUAGUGCUCUGUAUCUUGCUAGAAAAAAAUGUUACAUUGUAUUUAUAAUCCAUCUUGUCAUCCUUAACAUUAUUCCCCUUUGAUUAAAAAAAAAUCCUUUAAAAUAUAUUUAAUGUCUGAAUUUAACAUUUUACAUAACAAAUAAAAUAUAACUCUCUAUUUACUCUCUGUACAUACACUAAUGGUAAGAAAGAUGAGGAAAUUGAACCAUUCAUUUAUUUGUUCAUUUUUUUUCCACCUUAUGUAACUAAAUAUUUUUGAAUACCACAGAUUUUGUAAAACCCUUACUUCUUGUAGUACUUUGUAGUUUAAGGAGAUCGAAGAUAGCACAUCAUUUUUUCAGCCCUUUAAAUGGAGUCUUAGUUUAUGUCUUAAAAUAUUACAAUCUUUCAAAGUAGUUUGUGUUUGUUAAUCACAUGACUGUGCUAAGUGUCACCAGAAGCCACUAUGGCAAAUGUUUGAAUGUCUAUCGAUGCUCAGUGAGACUGAAUCUAUCAUUUCAAAACUGUUUUGCCUCUUCCAUUGUGCUGGUAUUCAUUUCAUCUGAAUGCUGCAUACUUUUCCUUCAAAGCUGCAUUAUCAGAGGGUGAAUAGAGGGGUUCCAUUGGCUUUAAGAACUGUAUGUAUAUUUUAAACACUUUAUGGAUUCUUCUUAUGCAUGACAAAUUAAAAUACUAUUCAUGUUACAAUUGUUAAUCAGCACUUGCGGUAAAUAUAGAUUUCUUUUGUGAAAAACGUGAUAUGCUGGAGCUGAUGGUAUGCUAUCAUGAUGUUGUAUGACAGUUUUUUUGGCAAUAACUAUAUUUUAUCAUGCAGUACCUGGACCAUUAUUCAUACCUACCAUUGUAUGAAUGUGUGUGUAUGUAUCAUGUUUCGUCAACAUUAAUGGCCUUAUAAAUUUUUGAAAUAUACAUACCUAUAUGUUCACUGCACACAAACUAUUCUGACCUCUGCUGUUAAAAUGAUGCAUGAUAACUUUAGAUGAAUAAGUCAUUGGUUUUGACUCGUGGUAAUAUAUAUAGUGUAAAGAAAAUAAAUUAGUAUUUCAUUCCAUAUUGUAGGUUAAUUGUGAGAAUUUAUCGGUUUUAUACAUUUAAAAUCUACAGCCUCAUGUAACAAAAACUAUCUUGUUUUUUUAACUGGUUGUGUUUCAUGACAAAAAACAACCUAUCAUUGUUUUAAAAGUUUUAUCAACUAAACAAAUUAAUCUUCAUAUCUGAUCAUACAGUCCUUAAACUAAGCUAUGAUGUUGGCCUGGGAACAAUGUAAAUUGAAUUUCAGUUAUGUGGAUCCUUUUUGAGUUAAAUCUUUUAAUCUUAGUGAAAUGAAGUAAUGAGAACAAACAUGAGUUCUUCUGACAAAUAUCUCAAUGCAGAAACAACAAAAAUUUGCCUAAAAAAAUUAAAAAAAAAAGCAGCACCAUUCAUUUAUUUACAAGACAAAUGAUUUGACUGUACAUUGUCAACAUGGGUGUGUCAUAACAUUAACUUGUUUCCAUAACUUGUUGAGUCUAUAAAAUAGUUGUUUGUUUUUAUAAUAAUUCAUUCUAUGAACAUGUCCUUGUCCAACUUUGCUCACAAUUCCACUGACAUUUUACCAGCGUUCAUGUUGUUUGCCCCCAGAAAUAAAAAAAUAUCAAGAUUUUAAAUCCUAAGUAUGCAUUCACUCAGAAACCGGGUAACAUUUCCAGCUCAUACUCUCAAUGUUUGCCUUGUUACUGAAAUCUAUGAUAAUUUAUUCCUUUUGAAAUACAUCCAUUGAUUUACCUUGAGAUCAGCAUUGGAUUUUAAUAAGUAGUCUGUACCGAAUCAUUGCCACUCAGUUAACAUCACAGCAGACAUGUCUCACAUCAUGCUGUCUUAAUGAACUUGUGUUUUAUUAUUUAGAAUCACAUUUAAAUGUCAGCUACGUCUCAUAAUGGUCUGGUCUGUCUUAUGUACAUAGGCCAACCAGAAUUGCUGUUUGUUUAGUUCCCUCAAGAUAGAUUCAUGAUGGGCUACAUUUACAAACUACCCAUGUUCUGGUUUAGUCUUUUGUGUAGUGUUUGUUUUAAAGCUUUCAACCACAGUUUUUAUUUACAACCAUAGAUAACAGUUUACACACACACCCCCAUUUUAUUUCUUUUUGAGCCUGAUUACUGUCUUCAGCAUUGUAAAUAAUUAGAAGAUUUUUUUCUCCAGUUUUUGCCAUUUUCCAUAAAGAAAGGUUGUUAUAGACCCGAAUGAAUUAAUUUACACAAUUGUUUUUGAAAUAGACAGAACUUUGUUGUUUUAAUCAAUUCACUUUCUUAUAGGCAGGAUUUUGUUUUGGUGAAGUCACUUACAUAGAAAAAUAUCAAAACUCAAAUUUUUUAUAGAAGAAAUUGGAAUAGAUUUUAUCUCAGUAAUUUUGACAUUAAAAAAAAAAUUGUCUUUUGAUAAAAAAAGAAGUUAAAUAGGCUCUGGUUGGGGUCAAAGUUAAAAAUGGUCAAUGUAUUAGAAUUAGUAGAAGUCUGAUCUAAUAGUUGGUAUUUUUGAUUAGACUCAUCAGAGAUGUGAGGAAAAGAGUUUGGGAGUUACCAUUGUGCACAAUAUUUGUAGAAAGAUUAUUGCUUAGAAAAAAGUAAGCUUUUAUUAUUUUUGCUUGGUUCUGGGGUUUUUGAUUUCCUCCAUUGUAGAUCUGAAAGGAUAUGUACAUACAAAUAACUGAAUAAAUUUAAUGAAGCAUUGGACCACCCACAGCACUUUUCUCCCCAUUAAAAUUGUGAUUAUCUCCUCUAAGGUAAAUUGUUACUGCCUGUGGGAUUGAUAGUGAUUAUCUCCCUUUAGGUUAAGUGUUGCUGCCUGUGGGAUUGAUAGUGAUUAUCUCCCUUAGGGCUUAGUGUUACUGCCUAUGGGAUUGAUGGUGAUUAUCUCCUCUAAGGCAAAGUGUUACUGCCAAUGGGAUUGAUAUGUUUACCUGGUUCUUUCCUUUUCUUGUGUGUUUUAAAAAAAAAUCUCUGUAGACCUAAUUUGUAAGUAUGAGUCAUGGGAAUGCUACUUGAUACUCUCUAAUCUAAUAAACUACACAUUUUUUUUAUCAAUGCAACCAACAAUAAUUGGACCUUUAAACAUGAUUUCAAUUUUAUGAUUCUUGUUUUUUUUUUUUUUUUUGUGUGAUGUAAGAAGUUCUUUUUUUGUGCUUAUAAAUUUAACAGUU